AUGUUACCAUCGGGUUUCCGGGUAAUUGAUGUGGAGCGACGAUGCAUCGUGGAACCGAAAGAGACGAUAGAAUACUCUGCAUUGAGCUACGUCUGGGGAGAAGCGGCGAAGAUCGAACAACAGAAGCCAGGAAAGCUGACAAAGUCACUGCUGGGGCAGUUCGAACGCAGAGACAGCCUCUCACCAUCCGAGUUGCCAAGGACAAUCGAGGACGCGAUCCAAGCAUGCCUAGCUUUACGGAUCCAAUAUCUAUGGGUUGACCGUUUCUGUAUCAUUCAAGACGAUGAACACAACAAGGCUCGCCAUAUCCAAGCUAUGGGGGAAAUAUUUGCAUCCGCGAAUCUUGCUUUCAUAGCAACUGGAGCAAAUGAUAUGCAUUCGGGCAUUUCUGGAAUCAGCAACCCUCGAAAGGCGGCUCAAUGGACACUCAGUUCGUUCAGCUCGGAUCUUGUGCAGACGCUACCGGCACUAGAGGAUGCUAUUGUAAAUAGUAGAUGGAGUCCAAGAGCUUGGACUUACCAAGAAGCUGUGUUGUCACGCAGGAAGCUCUGGCUCACGAGUGCUGAGGUAUAUUUUCAAUGCGGCGAGGGGGAAUUUACAGAAGACUUCUUCGUAGACUUGAAUGGUUUUCCCAGUGAACAUACCCAACUGCUCUGGUCCGAAGGAAUCCCUACCAGCAAUUUGUACUUUCUACUUCUAGCACAGUACAGCGAGCGAUCUCUCACUUACAAUUCCGACGUUUACAACGCAUUCACUGGGAUU